UUUUUUGGGGGAUUCGUCCCAUCGUACAAAGCAGCGUGAAAAUGGAGAGGGCCGAAGCACCCACAUUUUUUUUUGAGCUUAGCUCACUGUUCAGACUGCUUUUCAUUCCAUCUUCCUCAUAAACCCUAACCAACCAUUGCCAAAAUCUCUUCUUUUUCUUCUGGCCAUUUUCACCCCCCCCCCUUAAUUUAUCUCUCUGUAUUGCACCAAUUGCUCGAGUUUCUGCAAUUUCUCGACUUCUUUUCUUCUCUUUUGCCACUUUAAAAAGGAUAUGGAUAUGAAUAUGGAGAAUUUAUCAUCUAGUGAUCCGUCGCAUCAGGCGAUGUAUGAAAAUAGUGAUUCGAAACACUCACAGGAUGGGUUGGAGGAUGGUUCUCAAUGGUAUUUUUCUAGGAGGGAAUUAGAAGAAAAUUCUCCUUCUAAACAAGAUGGGAUUGACUUGAAAAAGGAGGCAUAUCUACGCAAAUCGUACUGUACAUUCCUCCAAGAUUUGGGAAUGAGACUUAAAGUUCCCCAGGUAACCAUUGCUACAGCAAUAAUAUUUUGUCAUAGGUUCUUUCUUCGGCAGUCUCAUGCAAAGAAUGACCGAAGGACAAUUGCGACAGUGUGUAUGUUUCUCGCAGGAAAGGUUGAAGAAACCCCGCGUCCAUUGAAGGAUGUUAUUAUGGUCUCAUAUGAAAUCAUCAACAAGAAGGAUCCUACUGCAGCCCAGAAAAUUAGACAAAAGGAGGUGUAUGAACGGCAAAAAGAGUUAAUUUUACUUGGGGAGAGGGUUGUUCUCGCAACUCUUGGUUUUGAUCUUAACGUGCACCAUCCCUACAAACCCCUCGUUGAGGCAAUUAAAAAAUUCAAAGUUGCUCAAAAUGCCUUGGCUCAAGUAGCUUGGAAUUUCGUCAAUGAUGGAUUGCGGACAUCUCUUUGCUUGCAAUUUAAGCCUCACCAUAUUGCGGCUGGUGCCAUUUUCCUUGCUGCCAAAUUUCUCAAAGUUAAACUCCCAUCAGAUGGGGAAAAGGUGUGGUGGCAAGAGUUUGAUGUCACCCCACGGCAAUUGGAGGAAGUCAGCAACCAAAUGUUAGAGCUUUAUGAACAGAAUCGAUUGCCUUCUGGUGAAGCUGAUGGAAGCAUUGGAGGUGGUCCUUCCAAUCAAACCUCAAUAAAAGCUCCCUCGAACAGCGAAGAACGUGCUGUAGCGGACAAUCAUGCACUUGGUGCGGGUCUUGCUACUUCAAGACUUGGAACCUCAAAAGCUAGUUCAUCUAGGCCAGCUUCUGAACACUCAUUUGCAGGUGACCAGCCAUCGAGAGCAAUGCGGAAUCAUAGUAUCGAAAGUUCGAAUGUAGAUUUUAGAAACCCUUCCAAUCACAAUACAGGUAGUGAAUCUAAGGUUAGACAGGAGAUGGAGACAUCGGCUUUCCAUGACAAGGGAAAUGCUCAAAACUCGCUAAGGCAUCAGUCUGAGGGAUUGGUUGGGCAAGACCAUGGAAAUGAUAUGAAAUCAAAGGAAACAACAAGGGAUUCAAUGGAACUGAAAGACAAACAUGUAAUUCGAAAUACAGAUCUUAGAGAAGGUACACUCGGUAAAUCUCAGGACGCUAUCAAAAAGAUCGACAAGGACAAAGUAAAGGCUGCACUCGAAAAACGAAGGAAGUCUCUCGGCAGCAUGACCCAGAAAAAAGAAUUAAUGGAUGAAGAUGAUCUGAUUGAAAGGGAGUUGGAAGCUGGUGUUGAGAUGGCUGCUGGGAGUGAGAAAAACAAGCGAGAACAGAGGCAAAGUUGGAGUAAGUCAUCGAAUAAACAAGAAUAUGAUGAUUCAUAUCAAGACAGUCAUUGAGAGGACGAUGAAGAUGAGUAUCCUCAAGGAAGGUGACAGUCUCAUAUGAUAUAGAUUCUAGCAAAAUGGAAGAAGGGGAGUUCACAAAUGCUCACCAUGCUGGCUAUGAACAUCAAGAUUCCCCAAAGUUGAACAGUUGUAAGAAGAGACAGGGAGCUCACAGGAUAAAACUCUUGAAGAGAAAACCAAGUCCGAGUCGUGUCAGGUAGUUGCAGCUGGUCGAACAGAGACGGACCAUGAGAAUCGUAGAAUCAUGUUCGACAAGUUUCACCAGAGGUAGUAGUCAUUGCUGGAAUCACUCGUUGUCCGAGAUCAGUUUAAGGGCUAUGCUCUCCGGUCGCGGGACUUGAUGAACAUAUAUACUCUAUUGAGGGGCUCUCUUUGAUGUCAGCACAAGAAUGUGAUGAUUAAUUGUUACUUUUAAACAAAUUAGCAUCGUUAGAUUUGGCUGAUUAUAAUUCUGUUCGAUAGAAGUUUUUAUUUUUUCAGAACGUAUCAAUUCUUCUUCUGACGAUC